AUGGACAGUAUCAACAGCAUACCAGAUGAGAUUUUGAAAGAAAUCUUCAUUUAUGUCACUGAUCUGGACUACGACUACAUUGACAUCUUUCAAGUCCGCCUCGUUAACAAACGGUUCUGCAAGAUUGCAACACCACUUCGAGUCCGUCAUUGGAGUGAUUGUGGCUAUUAUAGCCCCAUCAAUACAUCCCUUUCACGUACCACGCUUAACCGGUUUGCUUUAGAGCUUCUGCGGCAUCCUGAACUUCGUUUGCAAGUUAGAAGCAUACAAAUCGACUGGUUUCGAUCUGAUGAUGGGAAAGAAACUCCUCGUCAUUUGAUAAGGCCGGACAACCUAGAUCUACUGGCAAAGGCAGCCGAGGAGACCUUGCCAGGUCUUGCCAGAUCUACCGACCUGUGUGACCAGAUUCGCCAGGGCUCAGAUGAUGGUAUAGCUGUUCUCGUACUGGCUUGGGCAACCAACUUGACCAGCCUGGACUUGACAAUUCCAUCAGAUUCCAGACUAAAGGUCGGCAAAGACUACCUUAUGCUUGUCUUGCAUUUUGCCAAACAGAUUGCGCUGCGAUUUGUCUCCGAUGGUCCCAAGUCCACUCUACCUUUACCCAUGGAGAAGCUGCAUACAUCGAUCUUCCGAUACUGGAACUUCGAUAGGGAAAUACACGUGGCACACCUCUCGCCGUUUCUACAUUUCCCGAAUCUGAAGAGUCUCGAUGCCUUGAGGAUCGGUGAUAAUAGGGGACGAGAUCUCAGCUAUGUAGCUGGGUCUACGGAGAGCAAUUAUUCGAUGCCGUUACCGGAACGAACUUCAUCGCUGGAAUCAAUUUUCCUUGAUGAUCCAACACUUUCGAACGCUGGUUUCAGUAGCCUCUUGCACGCUUGCAAAAACCUGAAAGUCUUUGAUCUGCAAUUUGCUAGCUCAAUGGGCACACGGAGUAGCACAAUGCUUGCCAGGGCUCUUCGUGAGCACGCGUCAUCCCUUGAAGAAUUGUCACUCUCUUUACAAGACAACGAGGACAGCCAAUGGGUACCGGAUUCAGCAGAUACAGAUGAGUUACCUGAAUGUUACAGAGAGCUCAAAAGGCUCAAACGUGCUGGUAUCCCCAUGAAACACUUGCUACAGAGGGAGGACGAAAAUGAUCCUACGACAACAAAGUUGAACCCUGAUAGACUUCCUGAGUCACUUGAGCAUCUCACAAUCUUCCACUCAGACCUACGCUUUGUACGGGUACAGUCGGAAUCUUUUCCAGAGGUGUUUAAAGGUGCAAUUUUGGGCACAUUUGAAGCUGAUCUCAACGAAGCACUGGUUGGUAUACAGACAAUACUUGAGGAGACUGGGCCAGGGGGGCGGUUGGAGAAACUCAAGACUGUCGACUUUUCUGAUGCAUUGUCGGACGAUCCCAUGGUAGAGGAGAUCAGACGAGUAAAAGACUUGGCCAAGGAGCGAGGGGUUGAGUUCAUUCUUGGUAAGAGUAUUCGGUGA